AGGCCCGGGCGGAGCGUGAAAGUAGCCGGGCGGGGUCGCGGAGCGCCGCGCUCAUUCUCCACCGCUGGGUGGGCAACUAGCGCGGGUCUGGCGGAGCGCGGCGGCGCUCGGAGAUCUCGAGGCGACUGGGAGUGGCUGGGCCCCCGGCGGCGCGCCCCUCGGCUGGGCCGGGAGCCGCGCCAGUCGGUGCCCCCAGCCGAGCGCAGUCCGCCUCCCUCCCAAAGAUCAGCCGUCCGGAGUGUGACCAGAGGGCAUGCCGGAUCCACCAGGGGCGCCGCCGCCUGCGCUCGCAGGCCGCGGGUGAAGAAGAAAGCACUGCCUCUCUCGACCCGGAGCGAAGAGGUGACCCGGAGCGAAGAGGUGAUCCGGAGCGAAGAGGGGUCCCGGAGCGAAGAGGCGGUAGGAAGCGAAGAGGUGGCCCUGAGUGAAGAGGUGGUCCGGAGCGAGAAAAUGGCGGCAGCCGGGCUCAGCGUAAUCGUCACCCACAGCAAUGAGAAGCACGAUCUUCAAGUUAUCCCGCAAGAGGGCUGUAGUGAACCAAUUGUCCAAGACUUGGCCCAGGCUGUGGAAGAGGCCACAGGGGUCCCGCUGCCUUUUCAGAAACUCAUAUUUAAGGGAAAAUCUCUGAAGGAAAUGAAGAUGCCAUUGUCAGCACUUGGAAUACAAAAUGGUUGCCGGGUCAUGUUAAUUGGGAAAAAGAACAGUCCAGAGGAAGAAGCUGAAAUAAAGAAGUUGAAAGAUUUGGAGAAGUCUGUGGAGAAGUUAGCUGACCAACUGAAAGAGUUGAGUAAAGAGCUUACUGGAAUCCAGCAGGGUUUUCUGGCCAAGGAUUUUCAAGCCGAAGCUCUCUGCACACUCAACAGGAGAAUAAAAGCCACAAUCGAGAAGUUUACGAAGAUCUUGGAAGAGAUUGACGCACUAGUUCUGCCAGAAAAUGUCAAAGACAGUCGAAUGAAAAGGAAGGGUUUGGUGAAAAAGAUUCAGGCAUUCCUAGCUGUGUGUGAUACAGUGGAGCAGAGCAUCUGCCAGGAGACAGAGUGACUGCAGUCCACAAGCUUGGCCUUGGCCGACUGAGGGGAGGCGGAGGAGGCUAUGCUGCCUUGAAGAACAGCUCCACCAGCUCUGCACUCUCUGGAACAGAAGUUACGUGCUUUCCCCGGGGCUGCUGGGGACAACUGGCUGAUUGCCAGUUUUCCUUCUCUUAUACCUGCUCUCAGUGAACAAGUGUUGUUUGUGCAAUCUUAGCGCACCUGUCAGUUUCUCGUUCCGUCUGUGAAUAUCUGUGCUGUCCAGCAGCCCACCUUGUCUGGAGAGGGCCUCCUCUGCCCAAGUCUUCCCAGCUUUUUUGACCUUUGGAUGCUUUCUUUGGGCUGGUGAGAGCUCUCAGUUGUCCUGGGGUAGUUCUGGGUUUAUCAGCUAUCAGCUAUCCUGUCUUCAGAUACAUGAGGCCUUUUUGCCCUUAUGAUCCCAUAGUCCCAUCUGUGUAAACCAGAAUCACUAGGAGGCUACAUCUGGUCAGGAAUGUUAGGAAUGGCUCAGAACAGGUGUUUGGCACACAGGUAGUCCAAGUAUCUCUCAUUGUGACCUAAUUCUGGAAGAGCUGGCUGGGUUGUGGGUUCAUAGACCCUGUCUUCACCCCCCAAUGACCCUGACCAGUCACAGGCCGUGAGGUCUCAGGGGGCCGCUCCUGGACUGGGGCCUGUGGUUGAUCCAUGGGCUUCCUUGUCCCCAAGCAAAUCUCUAGGAGGUUACAGCCCAGAGUUGACUAAGCCUCUGCUCAAAACCGGGUCACAACCAUGGCUUAGGAGGGGCAGAGAAGAGAGACAGAGUGAAUAAUAAAGCAGGCAGGUAGUGAGGGCCACCAUAAACUUCUCAGGAGUUCCUUCAAAGGCAUUUCUGUUAACCGUACCCUUCUGAGAUCUACAUGUCCUUCGAGUUCCUUCAAGGCUGUUUUUGUCUGUUUUGUGGCCUUUUUCCCCUUCACUGUUACUAAAAAAAUAAAACAGUUUAUAUAUACGUCAGCAAGCAGAAGAGUGUUUAGACUUUUUUUCCCUUUUGUUAGAUGAAGUAUGGGAAGCAAAAGCCUUCUGAGGUUCUAGUCUAGAUAUGUUAUAAAGUUGAGAGUGGCCCUGUGUGCUGGAAUGCUUAAACAGGUCAGCUGCCAUCACCCCAUUUUUUCUCACAGUGCCCAGGAGACAGGCUUCCAACAGGCCACUCUGAAGCCAACCUUCUUUGGCAGAGAGGGAGUCUGUGAAGUCCCAGGCAUUUAGGGCUGCGUGGGUGGGACUAGGCCAAGGUGGUGGUUAGGGGUGGACAAGUGGACAAGGCUUGGGGCCCGGUCCGCCCACCCCCAGCUUUAAUCAGAGCAGUCCAGUAUUUGUCUGUUUCUAGAUAGUAGCUGUGUGGCCUUGGGCCACAGCACAUUCCUGUGUGCUAGAUACCACUCUUAAGUUCUUGAGGUGUAUUGGUCAUUUAAUCCUCACACAGUCUAGGAGGUAGACAGAUACUAUCCCUGUUUCAUAGAUGAGCUCAGGUAAUUUGCUCAAGAUCACAGAGUAAGUGACAAAGCCAGGACACAAACUGGGCAGCUUGAGUCCGAGCCCAAGUCCUUAAUCUCUGCCGGUUUGCCUCCCAACUGACAUGGAGUUGCUCACACCCUCUCAUUUUCUCUUUUCCUUCUAUUUAUCUCCCAUGUUGGCCUCCGUAGCUCCCCUCUGGCCCUCUCCAGUUCAUUCUCCACAGAGCAGCUGAGUGAUCAUGAAGUACACAAAUUACCAUGUCAGUUCCCUGCUUAAAAACCUUAAAAACCUCAGAGGCCAAGGUCCGUACCCUGCUCCCUUCUCAUCUCAGGCCACUCUCCUGUUUGUUCUCUGCUGUCAGCCACUCCGGUCUAGUUCAGGCCCUCAGGUGCUCUGUGCCCUGUCCCGCCCUGGGGUCUUCACACACACUGUUCCUCUGCUUGGACAGCUCCACGCCAUCCUUCCCCUUCCCCUACCCCUGUCCUAGGUGACUCCUGUUCAUGCUUCAGAACGUAAAUGUCUUUUCAUGGAGAAACCUCACCUACUACUGUCAGAGAACAUCAAGCCCGCAGGUGAUAUCCUCUCACAGUUUGUCAUGACUUUUUACAAUAAACUUGGUAAUAAUAA